AUUUUUCAUUGACUCAAGAAUCUAAAUCUUUUUUUUUUUCAUUUACAUAUAAAACCUAAAGAGAAAACAACUAAUUCAGUUUUCAAUCCCUCCACCAAAUUUUCUGCUCAUACUUCCCCAUUAAGGGUUUUCCACAAGCUGAUUGAUGAAGAUGUCAAUGAGCAGCUUGUGUGGAAACCUUUGAUGUUUUUGUAUGUGGAUGUGAAUUGGUUGGUAUAAACCGGGUUUAUUCGUAAAGGAAUGAUCAUUCGAUUGAAUAAGAAUGGAGCUUUAUACUGCAAAUUGUCUGUCCAACGAAAACAAACCUACUCUUGAGCUUUCAAAAUUAGUCAAAGAAGAGAAAAGCUCGGUGAAAACGAACACCGAAAACAAUCUUACUGAUCUUGUGAAUCAUGGUGCAAAGAUGUGGCAAGAAAACAGGGAAAAAUGGGUGGGAGACCAAUCUCGACAAAGAGAACACUCUGCAAAGGAUCAGAUCAUAAGCUGGUCUACUACAUAUGAAGAUCUUCUCUCAACUCAUGAACCUUUCUCUGAGUCGAUUCCUUUACCCGAGAUGGUGGACUUUCUGGUCGAUAUUUGGUACGAUGAAGGCCUUUACGAUUAGAAGAAUCUGACAAUGCCACGAACUAGAUUGACAAACAACAACGAAGGAGUGAUUCAUUUGAACUUAAAUCUUAGGGGUUGUGAAACUAUCUCUAUUUGUUAUAUCCAUAUCUCAUGAGAAGAAGACUGUGAUCACUCACAUAGUCUAUCUUUAACAUUUAUAUGAUUGUUUAAAAUGGCCCAAUGGAUUCCAAAUAAGAUUUUGAUUA